CUUGUAUUAAGUCCUGUCUCUUAAAACGUAGUGAUUAUAUUCUCUUUGUUCUGAACGAAAAUAAGUUUAGAAAGCGGAAUUUAAAUUAUUUUUCACUAUAUACAUAAGUUUGAUAAGAAAAUGUAGAUAUCAUCUUGAGUUAAUUCGCUAAGUACCAAUUACUGCCUUAUAUAAUAAACACAUUAAAAUGAUUUUUUUUAAGAGUCUGACUUCUAACGUUGGAAGGAGGAUAAGUUGUAAAUACCGAUGGAUUAGCACUAAUGUAUCAGAAAUUCGAAUUUAUGAAGUGGGGCCAAGAGAUGGCCUUCAAAAUGAGGCUAAAUUUGUACCAACUGAUGUUAAAAUAGAAUUAAUAAACAAACUUGUUGCAGCUGGCCUAAAGCAUAUUGAAAGUGCAAGCUUCGUUAGUCCAAAAUGGGUGAAACAAAUGAGUGAUGGUGUGGAUGUCAUGAAAAAUAUUCCAAGAGCACCGGGGGUCAACUAUCCAGUGCUGGUUCCAAAUUUAAAAGGCUAUGAGACAGCUAAACAAUGCAACGUAGAGGAAGUAGCUAUAUUCCCAGCUGGUUCUGAAGGUUUCUCGAAAAAGAAUUUGAAUUGUUCUGUAGAGGAAGGAAUAAAAAGGUUCAAGCAGGUGGCGGAUCAAGCUAUAAAAGAUGGACUAAGAGUUAGAGGAUAUGUGUCUUGUGUCGUAGGCUGCCCUUAUGAUGGUCCCAUUAAUCCGAAAAAUAUAGCAAAGAUAACAGAACAGCUGUUGGAUAUGGGUUGCUACGAAGUGUCUCUGGGCGACACGAUCGGAGUGGGCACUGCAGGCUCGGUCCGCCGGCUCUUGGUUGAAGUCCUCGCUGUGGCCAAACCCGAUCAACUUGCUCUACAUUUCCACGACACUUAUGGCCAAGGAUUAUCUAAUCUACUAGCUGGCUUGGAGUUUGGUAUAAACACAGUGGACUCGUCGAUCUCGGGGCUGGGAGGGUGUCCGUACGCGCGUGGAGCGAGCGGCAACCUUGCCACCGAGGAUCUCGUCUACUUCCUAUACGGGCUGGGGGUCAACACCAACAUCGAUCUAGUCAAACUCAUAGAAGCCGGCCGAUACAUCUCCAACUUCCUUGGGAAAACAACCGAAUCAAAAGUAAACAGGGCUAUUAGCGACAGAUUUAAUAACUCCAAAGAUAUUGUUACAAUGGCAGCAUGUAUUGUUUAAUAUGUACUGAUAAUUUCAAUAAUAAACAUUUUGUAAACAAAGA